CAAACAUAAACACAAACAUUUAGGCACGCAAUUAUUAUUUCAACGUUUUUUUAUACAUUUACACAAAUAAUUAUCGUCAGAAGGUAAGCAAACAUGGGCGACGCAAAAUGCACGUUCGGAACUCGUCCCCCCGUCGACCUGCAGAUGCUCAACGAGAAGAUAUACCGGGAGGUCAAACACUUCAGGAACUAUAAGACCUACCGACCUAACUUUGGCUCUCUGCCCGUCGCCACAAAGUUCUACGCCAGACACGACCAGCUGAAAGACGAGUCGGAAGAGCAAACAAAGAAGGUGGCAGACUAUGCCUACAACGUGGCCCAGACGAGGGCCAAAGGGCCCCACAGCAAGUACCCAGCGCCAGUUACUGAGAGUCAUGUGUAUGGCUGGUACACAGCUCCACUUGUGCCUAUGGACCGUAACGACACUCGUUUCUACCACCCGAAGAAAGAGAGCUCACACACCAAGAUCGAGGUCAUCAUUCGCAUGUGCAACCCCAAGAAGCGGGCAGAGGGUUAACUGGGGGAAUCAAAACUGUACAAAAACUGUAAGUUGUAAAAAUAUACCAAUUUUAAUUUCAUU